AUGGUAGUCUUGGCUGCUUCUAUAUGUACCCGUGGUGGUAAACCAUUACUUUCAAGACAAUUCAGAGACAUUUCAAAGGACAGAAUCACGGCAUUAUUGGCCAACUUCCCUAGUUUAAUUUCCAACACUUCAAGCCAACACACCACGGUUGAGGAUGAAAAUGUGAGAUAUGUCUACCAACCAUUGGAGGAAUUCUAUAUCGUGUUGAUAUCCAACAAGACAUCCAACAUUUUACAAGAUAUUGAUACGUUGCAUUUAUUUGCUUCGGCCGUGAGUAACUUGUUGCGCAAUGUUGAUGAACGAGAAAUUUUUGAUUGUGCAUUUGACAUCAUUGAUGCAUUUGAUGAAAUUAUUAAUAUGGGAUAUAAGGAGAAUUUGACCAUUAGUCAAGUGCAAACGUUUUUGGAAAUGCAUUCACACGAGGAAAAAAUCCAGGAAAUUAUUGAAAGAAAUAAGGAGUUUGAAGCUGCUGAAGAGCGGAAAAGAAGAGCUAAAGAGAUUCAAAGAAAAGAAUUGGCUAAUAGAAACAACGAUGAUUUUGGUCUGAGAUUUGGUGUAGGUGGUGGAGCUGGUGGUCCAUCAUCUUAUUCAAGCAUGAACCAACCGGCAGUACAACCAGUUUAUCAACCACCUUUACCUAUUGAAACUGAGAAGGAGAGUAAAUCCACAUUCAGUUCGAGACCAAGAGGUGGUGGACUACAAUUGGGUAAAAAAGCAAGUAAGCCAAUUGCACCAGUUAAUGAGCCAUUGUUGAGUAACCAACCAGCCUUCAAUAAGCCUUUCUCUUCAGCCUCAGCUACUCCAACACAGUAUCAACAAUCAGCACCUGCAUCCAAGACUGCCUCUCCUGUACCACAAAUUCCAAAAGUGCCCAAUAACGGUAUCCUAGUUACGGUCAACGAAAAGGUGAAUGCUCGCUUAACGCGUGAAGGAUCGGUUAUCUCCUCUGAAGUCAAGGGUGAUUUGCAAUUGAGAAUUAAUGACCAGUCCUUAGCAAAUGCAAAGAUAUUGUUGAAAAUUGGCGACAAGGCGGAUAAAAAACAAUACAAGACGCACCCUAAUGUCGACCGUAGCUUGUUCCAGAACGAUAGUAUAUUAACCGUCAAGGACAAAUCGAAAACGUUCCCAUCCAAUGACCAAGCAUUGGGAGUUUUAAGAUGGAGGUAUGUGGGGAAGCAAGAUGAUUUGACGUCGAUCCCCCUCUUGAUCACCGCUUGGGUCACUAUUGAUGAUAAUUCCACGGCUCAAGUCACGCUAGAGUACGAAUUGACAUCCGAUUUCACAUCAUCGCAUCCAAAUGAAGUGUUCAAAGUGGAGAAUGUCAAGGUCUUGAUUCCCAUUGUCAGUCAUGAUGUCGUGUUGCAAGAAGGCAACGAUGACAUAUCGUAUGACAUUUUAGACCAGACGGGAAUUGUAUUCAAUAUUGGUUCAAUCGCCCUCGAUGACCCCCAAGGCUCGUUUGAGUUUACUGUCCCCGUUGAUGGUGGCGAUGAGGAGUCUUUGUUCCCCUUGGAAGUGCAAUUUGAUAUAAAUAAUGUCGAUUUGGUUGAGAGUGAUGUUUCGUUGGGUGGUGUCUCCAUAGUUGACAUUGUUUCAAAUGACGAAGAAGAAAAAUCUUUGCCAUUUGAUUUACACGCCAAUGUCAUUUCAGAAAGUUAUAUAAUAGAGUAG